GUAAGUGGUGGAGAAAUUACUUUGUCGCUGGUGGUCCGGUUUGGGAUUUUACGCACCGUUCUCCAUAUGAGGACACUAAAAAGUUAGAAGUCGUUGGUACUGGAAACGUAUUUGCUACUUACAAGUUGGCACUUGCUGGAAAACUGAAUGGGACGAUGAAAACAACAUCUGCGAGGCCGCUAAAGGUGUGGCUGACAGACUAGCUGAAGGUAGAGGCCGACUCCACCUUAUCCAUUCACUUUGCUGCCCUGUCGGGGAGAGCAGAGUACAGUCUUUUUUGUUUUGUUUUUUUCUUUCUCUCUCUCUCUCUUUCUUUUUAAUGCCUGGAUGCAACCCGCCAACUUGUGAAUUCAUGAUCACAUGACCGUGGAUAUGGACGCAGUCCUGUCCGACUUUGUCCGUUCCACUGGAGCUGAACCGGGAUUGGCCAGAGACCUGCUAGAGGGCAAGAACUGGGAUUUCACUGCUGCCCUCAGUGACUUUGAGCAGCUGCGACAGGUGCAUGCUGGGAACCUGUCGUAUUCGUUCACAGAAGAGCGAACGUAUCUGGCCCCUGAAAAGGAGAUGGCUCGGGUAGGACGGCCUAUACUCCAUCGCCAAGAUGAGGUGGUGCAAGCUACAGAGAAGCGUUUGUCGAGGGGUAUUUCUCAUGCUAGCUCUACCAUCGUUUCUCUGGCCCGCUCUCACGUCUCGAGCACCGGCGGUAGCAGCAAUGAGCCUCUUCUGGACACGCCCCUGUGCACUUUCCAACUGCCAGACCUCACUGUGUACCGGGACGACUUCAGGAACUUCAUUGAGAGGGACCUUAUUGAGCAGUCCAUGAUGGUGGCCUUGGAGCAAGCUGGGCGGCUGAACUGGUGGACAAAAGUGGUUUCAAACUGCCAGAGUCUGCUACCUCUGGCAACAAGCGGAGAUGGAAAUUGCCUGCUGCAUGCAGCCUCGCUCGGUAUGUGGGGCUUUCACGACCGAGACUUGAUGCUGCGGAAGUCCCUGUACGCGCUGAUGGAUCACGGGUUGGAGAGAGAGGCACUGAAGCGCAGGUGGAGGUGGCAGCAGACCCAGCAGAACAAAGAGUCUGGGCUGGUGUACACGGAGGAGGAGUGGCAGAAAGAGUGGAAUGAACUGUUGAAGCUCGCCUCCAGCGAACCGAGAAUACACUACAGCACCAACGGCACCAACGGAGUGGAGUCUUCAGACGAGCCGGUUUAUGAGAGUUUGGAGGAGUUUCACGUCUUUGUCUUGGCUCAUGUCCUUAGAAGGCCCAUCGUGGUGGUCGCUGACACCAUGCUGAGGGACUCGGGAGGAGAGGCUUUUGCUCCCAUCCCAUUCGGAGGCAUCUACCUACCGCUGGAAGUGCCAUCUGCCAAGUGCCAUCGCUCUCCGCUGGUCCUGGCAUACGAUCAGGCGCACUUCUCUGCUCUGGUCUCCAUGGAACAGAAGGACAGCUCGAAAGAGCAAGUUGUGAUCCCUCUCACUGACUCAGAGCACAAAAUGCUGCCACUGCACUUUGCUGUGGAUCCAGGGAAGGACUGGGAGUGGGGGAAAGAUGACACAGACAACGUGAUGCUAGCAAGUGUGGCUCUUUCUUUGGAGGCCAAGCUCCAGAUGUUGCACAGCUACAUGACGGUCACCUGGCUGCCCCUGCCAUGCGAGCAAGCCCCGCUGGCCCAGCCGGAGUCUCCUACGGCAUCAGCUGGAGAAGAUGCCCGGUCGCCUCCUGACUCCGGAGAAUCGGACAAGGAGUCUGUCAGCAGCAGCUCCAAUGGCAACGGAGACACAACCACAGGAUCAACAGUCAAUGGAGGGGGAUCUUUGGCCAAGAACAGCUCCUCCUCUUCAUCUAGUUCAUCCAGCAGUGGAUCAGCAGGGAAGGACAAAACCAAGAAGGAGAAGGACAAGGAUAAAGACAAGAAGAGGGCAGACUCUGUGGCCAAUAAGCUUGGCAGUUUUGGAAAGAGCCUGGGCAGCAAGUUUAAGAAAAACGUGGGUGGGCUGAUGCCAGGAAAAAAUGUUGGAGCUGGAGGUGCCAAGCAAGAAGGUGGGGAGAAGAAGAAAGGCUCAUUUAGAGGGAGGAAGGGCAGCAAGGAUAGCUCGCCUUCUGCCCACGCCUCUGAGGAUUCUGGGAAAGGCUCUCCCUCCUCGGGCAGCGAGCGUCUCAAUGGAGCCGGGAGCAGCAUGAGCAGCAGUGGUGGGAGCAGCACUGAGAGCGAGCCCUACAAGUACAGCGCCGAUGUGAAGGUCAGCCUCGGCAUCCUGCGGGCCGCCAUGCAGGGGGAGAGGAAGUUCAUCUUUGCCAGCCUCCUCACCACCAGCAACAGGCAGCCCUUCCAGGAGGAGAUGAUCCAGCGUUACCUCGCCGAUGCAGAGGAGCGCUUCCGGGCUGAGCAGGAACAACAGCGCCGCGAGGCAGAGAGGAAAAGCAUCGCUAACAGCCUCCAACCCCCCAAGAAGGAGGUGGUUGGUUGUUCAGAGCUAAGUUACCGGCCUUACGAGCCCAAAGAGGAGCUAUCGGAGAACUCGUCGCCUUCCUUCAACACGCUUAAGCUGUCUCCUUUGAGUCCCUCUAUGUACUCGGCUGUUGUGCCCAUCCCCAGGCCCUCCUUCAUUGACCAGCCUCUUCCUGCAGCCCCCCUGACCCAGCAUCUUCACAUGCAUAGCUACGUUGAUAAUCGACGCCAGCUAGCUGGUGGCUCCUCGGCAAUCUCUUACCCUGGCCUCCCCUCGUAUGCAACCCUCCCCCGGCACGGCCCCACUGCACAGCCUCCCUCCCAUCCCCAGUACAAUAACUCGCAAGGCCCCUCCUCCCUCAGUCCUUCCCGCCUCGCACCCUCAUAUCCCCCCGAAUUCGACCCACCGGACUACCCCGGGGCUGAACUCACCACUGGGAACUACACCAACGGCUUCCGGGACAUGAGCUCCAAUCUAGACUGUCGGAACGGGCAGCCCCCUGUCAGACACUACUCGUUGGGCAGUGCUAGCGGAUUGGCCGGCCUGCAGUCCAGCCGCUGUCGGACACCCAACUGCAACUACUACGGACACCCCGAGACGGGCAACUACUGCUCCUACUGUUACCGGGAAGAGCUGAAGAAGAGGGAGACAGAACCGGCCAUCCACAGGUUCUGAGCAGACCCCGUUGUGGCUUGAAUUUGACGAGUGGCCUUUUUCACGACUGGAGCGGAUCAGCCUGUGGAUGGACGAGGGACAGGGCAACCACCUCCCUCAUCUUUUAUUCUUAGCCGUGUCAUUACCUGUUGAAAGUACCAAGUGAGGCUAUAUAACUACAGGAUACACAAGGUGGUCUUUGACUGCCAGGGUCACGUUAGACCGUAGAAUAAACUGCACUUCUGUUACAUUUUGCUGUGGCUCUUAUGCAGGCGUUGUGUACGAGUGUGUGUGUCUGUGUGUGUGCGCGUGUGUGUGCGCGCGUGAGAGAGAGAACUGCAAACUCUCCUCAAGUCUUGGAGUUGGAACGCCUUGCUACUAUCUCCUCCUAGUGGAGCGAAUGUAUAUGGCAGGCAUCAUACAUGACACUUAUCAAUACAUGUACAGAACACACAUCCACACUAAGUAAUACUUACACUACAACAUAAACAGAGAUGCAAGCACAAACGGAAAAGGCGUGAGUGUCUCUGCUCCAUUUCUAUUCUGUGAUGAUUGGAUUGGUUCAUUAAGGGAUGUUUGAAGUCACGUCUGGUUAUAAGGUGAUUUCAGUGUUACAGAUACAGAUAUUAACACUAUUAUCAUUAGAUGCUUGUACCUCGGGAAACAGCACAAUUAAUCCUCGUCGAGUUGCUUUUUUUCCUCUUUUGUCGCAUAAAAUGCACACUGAAACUGUCGUGUGAUGCUCAUGAUAAGCGUUCUGUAGGCUGCUGCGGUGCUAAUGUUACAGAACGCGUUUAAGACGACUGCUCUGCACUGCACUCAUUCGGGCAAAGUAACUAUCACUUAAAAUAAAAAUCUGCAUUUUUGUCCAAUGCUGUAAAUUGGAUUAUGAAGAUGUCAGCCCCCCCCCCCC